UUGGGUGAUCCUAGCUUCCGGUGAAAGAGGAGAAGCAUCUCACACGAUUAAUUACUCUGACCAGGCCCGUCGUCACUCACCAUACUUAGGUGGUUGGGCGGGCGUUUUUAGUAACAAUUAUGGCUCUGUAAAACAAAACGAGAGACUUUGGUAACUUUCUAAAGUAUUUCAAGUGACUUGGCUUCAGAUUGUGGUUUAACUAGACGCCCAUCGUCAGAGCUACAGGUUGAGACGCUACCCUGCAAUUGCCAGCUAGUUAGCUAGCUAAAGACGCAACUAGCUGUUCGCCGAUCUAGCGCCUCUAAAUUAGACCCAGUUGUCCGUUUCAACAUGUCAACUGCGGGGUUUAAUUCGCAAAAUGGAACUGGGACUGGACAGACGUACGCGAAUGGUCCGACACAAACUCCUGCAUCCUUGCAUCAGGUGCCGGGGGUCAGCUCUGGCAUGACUCACCAACCAGCCUACAACCCAAUGCAGGCCAAAGCUCCCACCCCGCCUGGACUUUACCCAUACCAGCCUGUUCCCUCAUUCAAUUCCUCCCCUUCAGUUCAACCGCUGCUGUCCAGUCCUCUCGUCGGAGGCCCUCCAUCCCAUACCCCUCCUCUGUCUGCCAGCCCCAGUCCUGGUCCAAGGCUGCCCCCUGGACACGCCACUCCUCCUCCCCCUGCUACUGCUGUGUCUUCUGGUAGCUAUUACCCGAGCUCCAUGGCUCCAACAUGGCAGUUCAACACAGCUACCCAGCUCCCGGGCUCGGCCGCUUCUACAAAUGUACCCUUUAGAGGCACUGUGGGAAAUCAUGUGAAUCCACCUGUAAGCUUACCUGCACCGACGUCAUCAGCCUCUUUCAGCCCCACACCACCACCCAUGAACAACCCCCAGCCCCCCGGCCCAGGAAUCCCUCCCACUUCUAUGCAUGGAUACACUCAGCCAGGUCUUGCACCCUCGCCAGGGAACUUCAUGCCUCCUCACUCAUACCCACAAAGCAGACCAGGUUUUGGUCCUCCACCCACAGGACCACCACCUGCAAUGAAACCUCCUCCUACUGGAGCCCCAGUGACCAACGCUACACCACCUCCGCCCAAAGCAGAUGGAGCAGUAACUGGUAAUGGCCCUCAAGCACCAAACAACUUCAACCAUGUUGAAAACAAGAUGGCUGGUCCGACUCAGCCUGGGCCGCCGAGUCGACACGUGGGCCACUAUCCAUCCCUCCCUCCUGGGUAUCAAAGCACUCCGCAUGCAGGCCCCCCCAUGCAUCCUUCACAGCCUUACACUCAGGCUGCUCCACCGUACCAACAGCCGCCCGGCGGCCCCGGCCCGGCCCAUUUAAGUCCAUCUAUGGCAGCCAUGAGCCUCCAGUCCAGCACCCCGGAGGCCCUUAGAGUGGUGAACCUGCUGCAGGAAAGAAACCUGCUGCCACUGACCGCAGUGUCGGCGCCAACACCCUGCCUCCCCCAAGACCUGCAGAAGAUCAACUGCAACCCAGAGGUUUUCCGUAGUACCCUGACCAGCAUCCCUCAGAGCCAGUCGCUGCUUAACAAAGCAAAGAUGCCUUUGGGCCUGCUGCUCCACCCCUUCAAAGACCUUUCGCAGCUUCCUGUGGUGACCUCCAGCACCAUCGUCAGGUGUCGGUCCUGCAGAACCUACAUCAACCCCUUCGUCUCAUUCCUAGACCAGAGAAGGUGGAAGUGCAACCUGUGCUUUCGAGUCAAUGAUGUUCCAGAGGAGUUCAUGUACAAUCCGGUCAGCAGAUCAUACGGCGAACCACACAAAAGACCCGAGGUGCAGAACGCCACGAUUGAAUUCAUUGCUCCUUCAGAAUACAUGUUGCGACCGCCCCAACCUGCUGUUUAUCUCUUCGUUCUGGACGUAUCUCACAACGCCGUGGAAACGGGUUACCUGACUGUGUUCUGCCAGUCGCUGCUGGAAAACAUCAAUGCGCUUCCAGGAGACUCGCGGACAAAAGUCGGCUUCAUUACUUUCGACAGCACCAUCCAUUUCUACAACCUCCAGGAGGGCCUUUCCCAGCCGCAGAUGCUCAUUGUGUCUGACAUCGAAGAUAUCUUUUUACCAACACCUGACAGCCUUCUAGUAAACCUCAAUGAAUGCAAAGAGCUGGUGCAGGAUCUGUUGAAGAGUUUACCAAAUCUGUUCAUGAAGACGAUGGAGACCCAGUCCGCUUUGGGUUCAGCUCUGCAAGCUGCCUUCAAGUUGCUGUCGCCCACUGGGGGGCGCAUGUCUGUCUUUCAGACCCAGCUGCCUAACCUCGGGAUGGGGGCGCUCCAGUCCAGAGAGGACCCCAACCAGAGGGCUUCUGCCAAGGACAUCCAACAUUUAUCGCCCGCAACGGAUUUCUACAAGAAGCUGGCCCUGGACUGCUCCGGCCAGCAGGUGGCCGUAGAUCUGUUCCUGCUCAGUUCUCAGUACUGUGACCUGGCAUCACUGGGCUGCAUAUCCAGAUACUCGGCCGGCAGUGUUUACCACUACCCCUCCUACCACCACCAGCACAACCCGGCUCAGGUGGAGCGCUUCCAGAAGGACCUGAAGAGAUACUUAACCAGAAAAAUCGGCUUCGAGGCUGUUAUGAGGAUACGGUGCACCAAAGGCCUCUCCAUCCACACGUUCCACGGCAACUUCUUUGUGCGCUCCACAGACUUGUUGUCGCUGCCCAACGUCAACCCCGACGCCGGCUUCGCGGUUCAGAUGUCCAUCGAGGAAAACCUGGAUGACAUGCAGGUGGUUUCCUUCCAGGCUGCUCUGCUUUACACGUCCAGCAAAGGGGAGAGGAGGAUCCGAGUGCACACUUUGUGUCUCCCUGUGGUCAGUUCUCUGUCUGAUAUCUUUGCGGGGGCUGAUGUUCAAGCCAUUACUGGACUGUUGGCUUCUAUGGCUGUGGACCGGUCGGUGACGGCCAGCCUGAGUGACGCCAGAGACGCCAUGACAAACGCCGUCAUUGACUCGCUGUCAUCCUACCGACAAUCUGUGCUGACCAUCCAACAACCCGGGCUGCUAGCGCCCGCCUGCCUCAGGCUCUUCCCGCUUUACAUCCUGGCUCUUCUCAAACAGAGAGCCUUCAGGACGGGCACCAGCACCAGGCUGGACGACCGUAUGUUUGCCAUGUACCAGCUGAAGUACCAGCCGCUGGCCUACAGCAUGCUGAUGAUCCAUCCUGCUCUGUACCGCGUCGACGACCUGACUGACGAGGGGGCGCUAAACAUCAACGAGCGGACCAUCCCUCAGCCCAGACUGCUUCAGCUGUCUGUGGAGAAGCUCAACAGGGAUGGGGCAUUCCUUAUGGAUGCUGGAACUGUCAUGUAUUUGUGGAUCGGACGAAACUGCCACCCGAACUUCCUCACACAAGUCCUGGGAGUUCCAAACUGCUCCAGCGUGCCUGAGAAUUUGUAUCUCCUCCCAGAGCUGGACACUGCAGAGUCCCAGAGAACCAGAGCCUUCGUUGGAUGGCUCAGGGAUCAGAGGCCGUUCUUCCCCUCCAUCCACGUCAUCAAGGACGAAAGCCAGCUGAAACCUCACUUUAUGCAGAACAUGAUCGAAGACCGGACGGAGUCGGCCUUGUCCUACUACGAGUUCCUCCUCCACCUCCAGCAGCAGAUCUCCAAAUAACUCACAGAGGAUUGUUUGAGUGGAGGAAACCUCAGAGCAAGGACUCGUGUAUGUGUGUGCAUAUAUAUGUGUGUGUGUGUGUGACGGCAUUGAGGAUGCCUCUUUCUCCAGCUGUGGUCCACCAUUCUGUCUGAGAACCAGCCGAGCUUGAAAGGAGGCUCGGUUAAACGGUGCCGAGGCGCAGACACUCGACGGUGAUGUAAUCUGGCACUUUUCCAAACAGCCGAAAGCGCGUAUAAGAGGAGGAACUUAGAGGAGAAGUUUGUAAUGAUCAUAACGUCAGGAAUUACAUGAAUCAGUGUUUAUUCUUAUAGAACAAUGCUGUCAAACUGGGGUAUCGUUCCGGUACAGAUGUUGGUCCUGCUGGAAAAGCACGCCUGUCUUUACUGACACUAACCUGAGCAUGCUGGAUUUAGGUUCAGUUCUCAGACUGCGUCUGGACGCCACCUGGAGCCUUUCUGUGCGCAUCUCCUGAGUUCUGGCAUCGCUUCGUCUCUUCAGGACUGAGCGUGCUCUUUUAUUUUGACAGUCAUUCUAACCACGAGUCGAACAAAAGUGUGGACUGUGAUGUUGAAGACAGGUGGACUCCGCCGUCUGUACCUCAUGUCUCUUUCUGGACAUUCGGAAAAAUCUCUAACAACAUCGCUGUUCUGUUUCCUUUCCUUCCUGAUUGUUUAAUUUAUGAGACUCCCAAUCUGAUUAAAUUCUGUAAUUGCCUUGUAUGGGAACUCACUUUUUAUUAUUAAACCUCCUGUUUAAGUACAGACUCUAUAUAUGAACUAUUUUAAUAUGAUAUGGGAAAUUCUUUAACACAGACAAAAAGCCAUUGUGAUCUCUUAAUCAUGCUUAUUAAUACUUGUAUAUUGAAGACUGCGUUAUAUAAAGGUGGAGAAAUGCUGAUGAUUUUAGUAUAAAGAAAAUGAUACUAAGAGAAUAAACUGUCUGGGACUUUUUAAAUGAACUUUUUGGUGUUUUGGAUGUCAGACAAUGUUUGUUCGAGAUUUAAAUCAAGACUAUUUGAUUUAAGGGCUCAGACUUUAACCAUUUCAAA